AUGGAUGAGAGGUAUAUUUUUGAGUUUAAAGAGGUGAUAGACACUUUAUUAUAUAAUCCGGAUAAACAGACGAAAAAGGUGUUUAAAGACAGCAAAUUUUCAGUCGCGAACGAAGAAAAUCUUAUCGAUAUAGUUCCCCAGCAGUUGUUUGAUUUCCAAUUCCCCGUUAUUCUUGUGAGUUCAUCGGUAGAUGCUGAUGUUACAGAAGAAGAAUACAUUGUACCAGAUAUAAACACAAACGAUGACAUUUCAUCAAAAUCUCGACAACCACGAAGUGUGAGCCAUAGUCAAAGUGAAGUAGAAGGCUCUCCAUUGAAGCUACAGACGUAUGCUGAUUUCAGUUUCUCAUCUCCAUCUUCUGAUGUAUCACUCAGUGUCAGAAAAAGAACUGUUGUCAGGGCAACCGGUGUUACUUUGCACAAGGCAAGAGAAAUUGCAUCAUAUAUGUCUCUUGCAUACUCAUCCCAUGUGUCAAGUGGAAACCAGAACUUUGACACUGAUCCGGACACAGGCGCAACUGUAAACAAAAUUCCCUCAUUGUUCAUUCUCUGUGAUGGCUCGGACCAUAAAAGAACAGCAUGUAUGCAUAUUGAGCCAGUCUACUUGAAAGCACUGGAGUCAAACAAAUGGGCAGGUUGGAGGAUUUCUUCAGCCUUUGUGAAGGAUCCAAAGAGUGAUGAUUCACAUUUGCCUAAUUUCCAUAAACUGGAUUUAUCCGGGAAAGAAAUAGAGUGUGAGGCAAAUUAUGAUCUUUUUGAAUCACACCAAGAAAAUGAUCGCCAGCCUGUUGAUAAAUACCAGGGUUCUUUGCAGCUGGAGGUACGAUGGAAAAAGUUUGCCAGUGCUCCCCCUUUGGAUGCAAGAACUGUUAUAAAAGCCAAGGUUUUACCAGGAGAUAUGAGAAGUGCUGCUCAUAGUUUAUACAACGCAUUAGAAGCUCUCAAACUUCACAUUAUAGGUUUGACUACAUCUGAAAUAAGGUGGAUUGAGUAUGAAGAAGAGACGUCUGUUAUGGACAAACUCAAGGGUCUAUUAGAGAUCUUGAAGCAUGGAGAUGCCAGUCAGCUGACAACCUCAGGUGAUGAGCCAAAUGAUGAUGAAUUCAACAAUGUGAUGGAUACUCUGGUGUUCCAUGAAAGAAAGGAUUUUGAUUUCACAGAUCAUCUCUGGACUGUUCUGUACAAGUGCAAAUCAUACACGGAGCUUGUUGAAUGUUUCAGACAUGUCUUCACAGUGCUGAGUAAUGGUGAGCUUCGACCAAUGGUUCAUCGUAAUAAUAAUACUACAGUGGCACAGAUGGUACGUGAUUCCUAUGUUGGUAAGCUUCACAUGCCCAACCUCGCAGGAGUGUAUGCUCUUCAACUUUUAGCAGAAAUUGGUGCAGAGAAACUUCAGCAAGACUAUAUCUUCACAUUCCUGGCAAAAGAGCUUGUCACACACAGUAAUCUUGAAUACUUUCUCAAAACAAAUGUGAAAUUGGAACAGAAACUCAUCAACUUGGAGAAAAUGCACCAUGUGUUGGAAAUGGUCGUAAUGUUGAAGCUGUUUCUUAAUCUCCCCAGUCUUAAUCUGGCAAUCUGUGCAAGAGCUAUGUUGUCACACUACCAACAGGAGGACAUCUCUCAGAGCCAUGUGUUUGCCUUCCCCAUGCAUACACCCUCACUGAAACAUGCAUUUGAGACGUGCCAGCCAUGCAUGAAACAGAUGGUGCUAACCAAGAUGGUGGGCAAUAUGAAAGAAUCAGUGCACCAUUUACUGGUGACCCAGCAACCCUUUAAACAUUUACCUAAUAUUAGUGUGGAUAAUGAGAUUCUUAUGGACUCCACAGUAAAUAAGAACAAGAAGUACUACUAUGUCAGAAAGAAUGAAAGUAUUUCUGUUCUUGUGUGAAUUUCUCUAAGUAGGAUUAUAAAUAGAACACUUGUUUAUGUAUGAGAUUUAUGUAUAUAUAUUAUAAACAUAUUCCAAGUUUAGCUCUUAUUUUCCGGAUCGGUCAUAACACUUAUUAGCACUUGAUAUAUUU